UCUUGGAGGGGGUGAGAUGAGAUGCAGUACUGACUCGCACACAGACAGGGCAGGGGUGAGGCAGUACUCUGUUCCAGUUACGUGGAAACGCACAUAGCUCAACGAGUGGGAAAUCUACUACAACGCAACUCUUUAUUCCAACUUGUUGCUCAUACAAUGUGAGGAAGAUGGCCGAGACAAGCUGUGACUGGGUGGAGAUCUUGGAGCCGCGCUCGCAGGAGCGCAUGUACGUGAACCUGGCCUCGGGGGAGUGUGGCUGGGAGCCCCCCGCAGGCGCCGCCGUGCGACAGUCCGACGGCAACCAGUGGUGGGAGCUGUUUGACGGCCACAACAACCGCUUCUACUACUACAACAGUGCCAGCCAGCAGACGGUGUGGCACCGGCCCCAGGCCUGCGACAUCGUGCCCCUGGCCCAGCUACAGGCCAUGAAGAGGAGCUCUGAGACGGGUCUGAGGGGCCCCAGCAAGCCCCAGAGAGGGGGAGGAGGAGGGGAGGGCCGCCGCAUAGCCCUACCUAACCAGGCCUACCCCAUGCCCCCCGCCCAGGACCAUGACAGCAGCGGGAGGUCCACCCCCUCUAAGGGGCUCUGUGACAGCCUGGAGAGCAGGAACGACGCCCCCAGGGACUCAGGUCAAAGAUGGCAGCCAGCUCCGGGAUCGAAGGCAGCCAUGUUGGUGAAGGUGAACAGCAUUGGGAGGAACCAGUCUGUGGUGCCCGCUAGCACCCAGCACCUCUUCCACCUCAACACUCUCAACCCUGGGAGCCCUGCUGUGUGCCAGGUCCAUUCAGACAGACCCAGUCCCAGACCCAACCCUAGCCCUGCAGGCAAGAUGGCUUCCCCUGUGGACCACAAGCAAGCCUUCCACCUGAAGAAGGGAGACAACGGUAACUUCUGCCUGGUGAUGCCCUCCAGUGGCGGCCAGGUCUACCAGACCCCACAGAGGUCUCAGGCUGGCACCCCCUGGCCCUCCUCGCCCCAGUAUGGUGCCACCCCGCCCAUCUAUGAUGAACCACCCAUGGAUACACCUAUCUAUGACGAGCCCCCGAUGGAGGUAGAGGUGGAGGGGGCCGCCCUCCUGAACAGGCCCUCCACCCCAACCACCAGCCUGCAGAGGGUCUGCCAGCCCCACCCCCAGUCCCACCCCCAGACCCAGCCUCAGACCCACCCCCAGACCCAGCCCCACCCCCAGACCCAGCCUCAGACCCAGCCCCACCCCCAGACCCAGACCCAGCCUCAGCAGCAGCCCAAGCUGCUUCAAUACCCAGCCUCUCACCUGGCCUCCAAACACAAAAGGAACCCCUCCGCCACAGAGUACAGCCCCGCUGGAUGGGAGUGCAUCAAACACAUGGUCAACGUGGACCCUGCCACCUGCAAGCAGAGCCCCUUAUCCCAGCCUAUCCAGACAGAGCAGGCCCCUGCUCCAGACCCUGACCUGCCCCCCUCUCCAUCCCCAGGCCCAGGCCCAGGCGUGACCCAGCCCAGGCCCAAGGAGGUGAGCCUGGAGAAGAAGCAGUCAUGGCGUCUCCUGGAGACCAGCGUGAGGAAGAACAUGGAGGCCCGACACACCCGGCAGAACAGCGUGGCCUCCCAGGAGUACCCAGCGCCGGCCGCUGUCACCUACCAGGACUCAGGCUACUCCACCGGGCCCUCGCCCAGCUUGAGGAGGAAGAACCGCCGGAGAGCCCUGGGCGGUGGGGCUGGGGGAGCAGUGCAGGGCCGGCCAGGCUCGGUGGGCAGCAGUGGGGAGCUCAGUGCCCUGAAUGAGAAGCUGAUGGCAGAGAUGCGGGUGGUGGUGAGUCAACCUAACACCCUGCGUGGCAGCAAGGCCAGCCUGGACACUGAGAUGUCUGAGGGCUCUGUACCUCGGGCCCGUUCCCCCCUGGACUCCCUGAAGAAGUACGGGGGCCGCAGCUCCUCCCGGGAGGAUAUCAGCGCCAGUAACCGCUCUCUGUACCGGGCCGGGAGCGGGAGUACCCACGGCGACGUGCCCCUCUCGCCCCUGGCAUCGGAGGGCAUGGUGCGUCAGAAACGGACCUAUGAGAAGGUGGACACUCUGGAGAAGAGCAUCAUCAGCCAGAACAGCCUGUCCUCCUCAGAGCCCCCGAUGUCCCUCUCACAGGGAGGAACACUGGAAUCCAAGGCCCAGUCAGAGAUCUCAUCACAAGGGGGAGGUAAUGGACACAGGAGCACCCAGGUCUCCCCCCAUGGAGUCAAAGUGACUGGAGACAGAGGGGGAGGUGGGGGAGGAGGAGGAGGCAGCAGCGUGGGAUACCAGUACCCUUACACCACCCUCUGUAAACCUCCUCCAGACACCAACAUGGUGGACUGGGCUAGUAAGAACCUGAACCUGCACACUCAGGGCCUGUUCCGCCGCCGCGUCUCCAUCGCCAACAUGCUCUCCUGGAAGAGGGGCUCCAUCAAGAAGCCAAUGCUGAUCACCAGCGACCGUGCCGUCAAGAAAGAGGCCUGUGAGAUGUUCAAGCUGGUUCAGGCCUACAUGGGGGACCGUCCGGCCCGGCUGGAGCGCCGUCACGCCGCCCUGCUGGUGGUCACUAAGUGCUGGGGCAUGCAGGCCCUGAGGGACGAACUGUACAUCCAGCUGGUCAGACAGACCACUGACAACCUGAGCCUGAGGAGCCUGGAGGCCGGCUGGGAAUUCAUGGCCAUCAGCCUGGCCUUCUUCUCCCCCUCGCCCAAGUUCAGAAGCUACCUGGAGGGGUACAUCCAGAGACACCUGGAGCCCUCCAACGACAAGAAGAUCAUGCAGCACAUUAUGGAAAAACAGGACAUGAAGAACAAGAAGAAUUCAAAGUCCCGGAAGAAGAUGAAGCAGAACAACGAGGAAGAAGAAGAGGGCCUGCCAAUCAGCACUUAUGCCAAGUACUGCUACCGCAAGCUGCAGAAGGUCGCCGUCACUGGGGGCAAAAAGGGUCUGAGGAAGCCCACCCUGGAGGAGUUAGACCAGGGGAGGAACGCCAUCGUGACACCCUCCCUGUUCGGCAGUGCCCUGGAGGAGAUCAUGGAGCGCCAGAGCGAGAUGUUCCCGGAGCGCAGGCUCCCCUGGGUGCAGGUGCAGCUUUCCCAGUACGUCCUAGCCCUGGGAGGGGCCCAGACAGAGGGAAUCUUCAGGGUGCCUGGAGAUAUUGAUGAGGUGAAUGCACUGAAGCUGCAGGUGGAUCAGUGGAAUAUUCCAGAAAACCUUGGUGACCCCAACGUCCCGGCGUCUCUGCUGAAGCUGUGGUACAGGGAGCUGGAGGAGCCGGUCAUCCCUCAGAGCUUCUAUAAGCAGUGCAUCAGUAACUAUGAGGAUCCCGAAGCAGCGAUCAGAGUGGUGCAGUCUCUGCCUGAACUCAGCAGGCUGGUGCUCUGUUACUUUAUACACUUCUUACAGGUGUUUGCCCAGCCCGUCAAUGUGAGUAAGACGAAGAUGGACGUGAAUAACCUGGCCAUGGUGAUGGCUCCCAACUGUCUCCGCUGCAAGUCAGACGACCCGCGCGUCAUCUUUGAGAACACGAGGAAGGAGAUGUCCUUCUUACGCACACUCAUUGUUCACCUGGACACCAGCUUCGUCAAGGGCAUCAUCUGAGGGGGCCAUCCCUUUAUCCAUCAACACCAUGCCCUGGAGAGCUGCACUCGUUCAUCAGCCCCACUCCUCAACUAUAGCUGCGUUCUCUUUCUAUCAUACCACUGUCUACAACUGUCUCCCACCUUAUUCACAACAAGCCCCAUGUUCCUUCACACUUCUCAUCAACCAUAUCACAUCUCAACCCUAGAUUCCUUCUGGUUCACAAACACCACAGCCUGAGGAACACAGACAGUGGACUGCACAGACAGUGACCGGGUAUCUAGACGGUUUUUCGUGCUCUGAAUCAUCUUCCCUUUUUUUUGUUUGAGACAAGCUCGCAUGUGAUGGUAGUGGGAGACGGUUGAUCCAUUGGAAAGCAGGACAUACAGUACAUGGUGUUCACAGGCUUGUGUUAAUGACUGGAGCGGAAUCAGUGGAAUGGUAUCAAACACAUGGUUUCCAUGGUUUCCAAGUGUUUGAUGGCAUUCCAUUCGCUCCGUUCCGGCCAUUAUUAUGAGCCGUCCUCCCCUCAGUAGCCUCCUGUGCUACUGUUUCUGCUCCAAACACUGGACCGUGCUGGCAUGAGAUUCAGCAUGUGAAGAAGAGCAAUCGCAAUACGAGACUAUUAUGCACAAGAAGCAUGUGUUCCUGCUUUGAGUUCCCCAUAUGUAUCUGCCUGCCAUGGUCGUGAAUGAUGAUGAUGUGUCGUCAAAUGUUCUGACAUGACGAAUUGAGGGGAAACCCACUACAGACAGACUCUGUAUUAUACUGUUCUCUUUUCUUUUAUUGUAAAAGUGUCUGCAAGCAACAAUUUCCUUCGCAUUCUAAGUUAAUUUGGAACGCUUUUUUGACUAAUUUAAUAUGAAUUAUGUCUGGGUUGCCAGAGCUGCAGGAUGAGUUGAUAAAAAGGUUUAGACUUCCCCUGACCCCUGACCCCUGAUCUCUUCACUGGCCACAGAGAGACAGAUUCACCCUCUGGGUUUAAAAAAAAAUACGUAUUUAUUUCUGAACAGAGUUUCUCUUACAGGAAAGAGUAUAACCCAUCAGUUAGGCAGAGAUGUGCGUACAUAUGAGAUACAGUCUUGGACUAAAACCAUGAGGAAAACACAUGCCUAUUCUCCUCAGCGGUGGAGUCGGUUGGGGGGGGAGCUAGGGAACAUUUGUGGAGCACUUUCUGCUGUUUUACUCCAGACAAUUACAGUCCGCUUAUUUUGGAGCGGGCCAGGGUUCUGUGUGGAACCUUUUUUCCCUCCCUUCAGCGGAACACAAUUAUACCUUUGAUGGAUCUCGUAAAAAUGCUAAUUUUAGCUAUUAGCAGGUCAGGGGAAAAGGAUGCAGGGGAAAAUGAGAGUGCUGCUGCUGCCUGUACCUAAAGCCUCAGCCACGCAGACAGUUGUGGAUUUACAGUGCGAGCCAAAGGGAGGGGCAAUCUGGCAGUGGUUUGAGGGUCUGGGGUACAUUAGUUUAGUGUCAUAUACUGGGAGGAAAAGCAUUAAGGCAAAACACAAGCCGAUUUAGUAUUUUUAGACAUUAUUGCCUAACAAGGACUUUCCUAUUCCUCAAAAUAUCAUGCCUCAUAUGGGGAAGAGGGUUUAAAAUCCAUAUUUCAGCUGUCUUAAGGGCCAUGUGAUCUCUGUCAUAUUUAGCAGUGCUACAUGGGUUUAGGUUUUAAUGCCCCACAAGUUUUCUCUGUGUCUACCUCAUCUUAGUGAUGGGGUCUGUGCUGCGAGGCUUGUGUGUGUGUGUGUGUGUGUGUGUGUCUCUGUGUGUGUGUGCGCGUACGUAAGUACUUGCACAUCAGUGUGUGUGUGUGUGUGGGGGGGGGGGGUAUGAGAGAUAGAGAAGCAUGAGUGUGUUCAUACAGCAUACACUCCCUAGUUCCUGGAAGCUGGAGCCCCUAAAUUAGAGGGUGUGUUUAGCCAGAACAUUUUAUCUGGGAGGUUAGAUGGUUGUUAACCCCUUUUCUGCACUCACAGCAUUUACAGCGGCCGCUCCUCCGUUUCCUGCAUUAAUGCUUUACUGUUGUCUUACGAAAACCCAAGCCCCACCAGUUGGGUACUCUACAGCCACAUCAGAGGACACUACCCAGCUUUCUCCUCACCUCCAGCCAGCAGGGGCAGCACUGAGGUGGGCAGGGUGGAAGAUGGCUGUGCACAGUGCCAAUAGUUCUGGGAGUGCAUGAGAGAUAUAUACUGAGCCUGCAGAAUGAGGAGGAAUAUUUCAGGGGCCAAUAGUCACUGGUCUAUUGCUAAAGUUAUUGUAAUUGUAUCACAAUGUGUUCUUCUAGGAUCUAUACACUGACCUUCAGUAAAACAGCUGAGGACCCGUAACUCUUAGACACCGAACUCCUGAUGCUCCGGUUGAACUAUUCUCCAUCCUGUGUUCUUCAGUGGAUGAUGAUUAAUGUAUACAGUGGUAUAUGUGAAUAGCAGCAUGGUCUUUGAUCACUGAAUGUUCAAAACAAUGAGGGUUAUAAUAACAACAUGUUUCCACAAUAUUGUGAAAAAAGUUAAAUUCUUCAGUAACAUAAUUAUUCUCUUGGUUUGAAAUAAAUGCUUGUGGUGCGAGUCAGCAGUGUAAUUUCUUGAUUUUAUGAAUAACCUUUUGACUCAAUCAUUUUUUUCCUAACUGGAAUGAGUGUUGAUAAUGUUUGUUGAGAUGAUAGAGAAACUGAGGUGUGUCAUGUUUAGACUGUGUUUGAUGACAGUUACAACGUGUGUGCCCCCAUCCAUUGCACAUAUGCCUCCUCUUACCCGGCCCUCACAUGAUGGGUGCUAUUGACUCUUGUUGUAAAUGUGCUUGCAGGUCAUUUGGGUAUGUUGGUGUGUGUGAGUGUUUGAAAACAAGAAAAACAGCAACGGUGAUUGUGUGGAUGCAUUUAUUUCAUAAAUAAUUGACAAAAUAAAGUUUGUAAAUAAAUGUG